AUGCCUCGAUUUCUCAACAGCCUCGCUGAAAAGGCACAAAAUGCGUUGAAUACGACUCCGCUUGGACAGCAAAUUUCGACGCACAUUCCAGGCCAACAGCAGCCCGCUCAGCCGGCUAGCACCACCACUCAGCCCCCUGGAAAUGCCCCCACUAGUCCACCACCCACACUUGAUCAUACUUCUCCCCAACCCAUUGGACUUACUGGCAUACUGAUGCAACACGGGCUUGGCAGUAUUCAAAACUCUCUAAAGUCGCUUCAAACUCAUUCGGCGCAAGACAAACAGAUCCAGUUGCUCAUACUUGGACAGAAGAACUUGGUGUAUGACUACGAUAAUGUUGGCCGUAACGGAAAGACUUUUAGCAAGGAGCUGUACAUUUGGGGUCAGGAGCAGACUGAUGAAAUCAAAGAUGGUAAAGCCGUUAUAUCAUAUAGUACAGUCAAGAAAUUAACGAACACUUUGUUUUCAGUGUCCGAUCGAUUUGCAUACCUGCACUACGUCCAUGGAAACCUCAACUGUGAUCUAGCCGCGAAGAUCGAUGCUUCGCGCGCACCAUUCAAGGAUGCGAGGAAUACCGAGGCAGCUCUAGGGCCCAAGCGUUCCCAAUUGGCCGGGAUCGAUUCACAGAUCUCCCGUCUUCGUUCCGAGGUUGAGGCUGGGAGGGCCACUCCAAACGCACAGGCAAAACUUGCACAGCUCGAACAGCAACGAGCGGCAUUCAUCAAUGAGACCGAUUCAGAGAAUAAGAACAUUAGCCGACAGUGGCUCGAUGCUCUUAAGCAGAGCGAGAAAAUCCAGUGGCAAGCAUUUCGCGAGUACGCCGAAAAGCUUAUCCUUCUCAGCCAAGCUGGGGAAGCGCUCUUGGAUUCUUUGCCUACAGAACCUGCAUCACUCUCGAAUACGUACACGGGAGCCGGAAGAACGGCGGAGAUCAGGCACCAAGCCCAGCAACUCCUGGAGAACUUCAAGCCGGGAAACUAUCCUUCGCCAUUCGCACCUGCCGAAAAACCAGGUGCACCACGCAUUGACAGCUUUGGAAUAACCCAUCAACAGGAGCUUUCACGUACUCCUACCUUGGUCGACAAGGGAAGGCAGGAUCAAGCAGCCCUUGUGGCGCUUGCUGCCGAACAGCGUUCCCAACUUCCUCCUAAUGAGGGAAUCAGUCCAUCGGCUCCCAACGAUGCACCUGCCUCGCCCCUCGCCUCAGUACAAACCCAAUCUCCUCCAAGCGUGGCUGAUCUUGGGGCGCCCCAGGUCGACAGCGCGGCACUCGCUCCUGCCGCCACGCGCCCGACGGUCGCCGAGAUUGGUGGCCCCCGCUCCGGCGAGAGACAAGGAACGACAGAUUCGCUGAGUAAGGAUGCGUCCUCUCCCGCUCCCGUAGGUCGGGCAACUGAGACAGCAGAGGAGGAGAAGAAGAGACUUGAGCGCGAGGAAAGGGAGAGACUUCUGAGGUUCGGUCUCGAAGGUGACGGAUCUUCCGCCGGGACUUCGGCCGCACCAGGCCCGGCUGAAGGGGUUCAGAAGCCUGAAAGUGCUGAAGAGGAAAAGAAGCGACUUGAGAGGGAGGAAAGAGAGAGGAUUUUGAAAGCCGAUCGAAGUGGUCAUCCUCCCGAUGAUGAGAACCGUGGCAAUCCACCAGCCUAUGAGGGUUAA